AUGGAUCCGGAACAUUGUGAGUUUCUGGCUGAAGAUGAAAUGAUCCAAGAACGAGCGGUUUGCACUUGUUUUGUUGGAGAUGUCGGUCCACUCGAAGCUGGAGUUCCUGUGAAAGUUCCACUUUGGUUAGCAGUCGAUCUCAGAAGGAAACAGCAGUGUGAAAUAGUGCCGCCUUAUUGGUUUUGUCUUGAUGAGCUGAAGCGUCUCGUUGCAACAGAAGGUGAAACUGCUGGUCUUUCUCGGCUUCCACCAUAUAUAUUUGAAAUCUCCCAUAUUCUCGUCAGGGCAGCCAAGGAAGACAUAGUUGAUGGUGAUCAGAUAAAAGUUUUGAUACAAGAUUUGUGGGACAAACGUGAAGCGAAGUUACGAACGUCGUCGUUAAAGUUGCUCUCACAGGUAAUCAUCAUGGCGUAA